AUGCCUAGAGAAAUAGUCGUACCACUUACAGAAAUAGUUAAGGCAGACCAAGGAAGGGAGCUACAAGAUAUGAUCGACUUGGGAUCUCCUGGGGCUAGAAGAGAGGCAGUGGCCAGGCAGCCCAAGAGGGAGGUCCACUCUGCUGUGGAGGCCGCGAAGGAGGGGACCAGGAGGGGCUCCUCGAGGUUUCCAGGGCCUGCUUCUGCAAAAGUGGAAAUGAGCCAAAAAAGGCAGCAGGCAAGGAUGAAACUUCAGACAAAAAAAGUGCAAACAAAAGGGAAAAGGGGAGCAGAGGGAAAACAGGAGGAAGUGGCUAACCAAAUGACUAAAAAAGACUUAUCUGCAGAAGAUGGAGAAGCUAAAAACGAGAUUCCAGCUUCUGAUGAAGCAGGAAAGAAAGAAGCAAAAUCCGGUUAA